ACACUUUAUAUCUGCCACUGCAAAUAGCAAAGGAUUUCACUACGCAUCCAUUCGCUACUGUCAUAGACUAAUAACAACUGCGGUUACCCAGCUAUCUAUGAGAUCAACCAUCUUUGGCUAAAAUGAAUUUUCUACGUAACCGUCUUGUUGUGCUGGGCCUGGUGUUGCUGGCCACUGUUCUGUUGUACCUGCUACUGCCGUCCAUUCGUCAGGGCAGCAUGGAGCCUUCGCUGGAUGUCCAGAGGAUGGGCCUGGUGGCUGUCUCUCCUCCUCCGCCUCCUGCCAUCAACGUGUCCGUACGCACAGGGCAGCUACCCGGGGACCCUCCACUCUUCUUCAGGGAAGCUUUGCCGGUCGAUGGAUCUGGUAGGCAGAUACUGCCCAGGCUGCAAGUGGUCCUUCUCCAUGGCCAAGCUUUCUCUUCCAAAACCUGGGAGGAACUGGGCACCCUGGCCUUGCUGGCCACAAACGGAUACCAGGCCUUGGCUGUGGACCUACCAGGAUUUGGGAACUCUCCAGACUCGGAUGCUGUGAAGACAGACCAGCACCGGGUGGACCUUCUGGGGAGGUUUAUGGAGGCUUUGGGCGUGAGGACAGCGGUGCUGCUCAGCCCCUCUAUGAGCGGCCACUACUCCAUCCCCUUCCUCAUGAAACACAGUGCCCAGCUGCACGGCUUCAUCCCCAUAGCCCCAGUAGGAACCCGCAGCUACACCCCUCAGCAGUACCAGGGCAUCCAGACUCCUACUCUGAUUGUGUUUGGAGCGCUGGACACCAACCUGGGGGCCCAGUCCCACAAGAAUCUCAUGCAGCUCCCACACCACUCAGUCCUGAAGAUGGAGGGGGCGCGCCAUGCCUGCUACAUGGACAAACCUUGGGAGUUCCACCAAGCACUGUUGGACUUUCUCAGCAAACUGGAGUGAGAGGGGGAGGAGGAAGAUAGAUAGAGGGAAGGAAAGAGAUUAACAGGAUUGUGUUUGCGUGGAAGUGGAGAAAUUAUACACAAAUAAGACAAAGGGAAAGUAGACCUCUGGGAUAAUAGGGCAAAGGCUGCUUUUGAUAUUACAAAUUACCCCGGGCCCCCUAGUUAUCCUGGUAGAGUGGCUUACUCCAGGCCCCUAGCCACCCUGGUAGAGUGGCUUACUCCAGGCCCCUAGCCACCCUGGUAGAGUGGCUUACUCCAGGCCCCUAGCCACCCUGGUAGAGUGGCUUACUUCAGGCCCCUAGCCACCCUGGUAGAGUGGCUUACUUCAGGCCCCUAGCCACCCUGGUAGAGUGGCUUACCCCAGGCCCCUAGCCACCCUGGUAGAGUGGCUUACCCCAGGCCCUUAGCCACCCUGGUAGAGUGGCUUACUUCAGGCCCCUAGCCACCCUGGUAGAGUGGCUUACCCCAGGCCCUUAGCCACCCUGGUAGAGUGGCUUACUCCAGGCCCCUAGCCACCCUGGUAGAGUGGCUUACCCCAGGCCCUUAGCCACCCUGGUAGAGUGGCUUACUCCAGGCCCCUAGCCACCCUGGUAGAGUGGCAUACCCCAGGCCCUUAGCCACCCUGGUAGAGUGGCUUACCCCAGGCCCUUAGCCACCCUGGUAGAGUGGCUUACCCCAGGCCCUUAGCCACCCUGGUAGAGUGGCUUACCCCAGGCCCUUAGCCACCCUGGUAGAGUGGCUUACCCCAGGCCCUUAGCCACCCUGGUAGAGUGGCUUACCCCAGGCCCCUAGCCACCCUGGUAGAGUGGCUUACAUUGCGAUGCUUUUGUUGACAUCCCAUCAAAUCGAGAGCAACUCUAAAAGAAGUUUACUCUGAGUUGAGCAUGUAGAACAGAAUAUAUGCAAAUUCAACGACUAGAAGCAAAGACUUGACUUUUUUUCUACAGGCAUCAUUAUUGGUUCCAUGAUGAAGAUCAACAUCAGUUAGUUGAGUUGAGAUUGAAGAGGUAAAAGGAGAUCUAAGGCGAUAGUACCAGGGUCGUAUUCAUUCGUGCACACUGUAGCAAAGUGUUUUGUAACGGAAAACAAAAACAAGUGUUUCUUAUUGGAAAAGUUCAGGUAGUCCCUUCCUGUUUCAUCCCUUUUGCUUCUGUUUGGUUCAUAGUGAAUACGAACGACCCUGUUUAGAGAAAUUACCUGUGAAAAUUGUGAGAUUAGUUUAAAAAAAAUCUCGUGUUUUUUUUGUUGAGGAGACAGAAUCAAUGGUUGCCAAUUCACAGCUGUAUCUCCUGGUACAGAAACUUGGAUAAAGACUAACAAUAACAUUAAGAUAUUUAUUUAUAAGACUUCAGCUCCCUGUUAAAGCAUGUUCACGUUCAUUCUGAAUUUCUUGCUGAAGUGUGUGUGUGUGUGUGGGGGGGGGGGGGGGGGAGGAUCAUGAUUAAGGUAUUUACUAAAUGAGAAAGCUGUUGCAACCAGAAAAGUACACUCCGUUACAUUUCUAUGUUAUGAGGAUGACCACUAUUUUAAGUUAUUAUGAGUUUGUACAUAUUAGGUGAUUUUGUUUCAUCGGACAACAAAUUAAAGCCUCAAGUUAAAUGGCUUAAACAAUCAUGAAAGGUAUUUUGAGUUGUGCUGUUAUUGCGCUUAAGUUCCUUUAAUAAAGACUGCAG